AUGGAGUUAGAUAAACGGACUCCUUUGAAGUUAAAAGUGAUUCAUUUUUUAAGAUUGAUUAUUGCUAAAGUAGCAAGAGUCUUCUUUAGUUUAUACUAUUACAAUGAUAGUAAGACAUUACCGCCUAUAACAAGUGAUAUCUUGAAAGAGCCAGCUAUCGAGGUGGCGAGGAAAAUCAGACAUAAAGAGAUUACAAGCAUGCAAGUUUUGGAAGCGUGUAUCAAGCGAAUAAAUGACGUCAAUUCACAGCUCAACUGCUUUGUAGAAAAUAGAUUUGAUAAAGCUUUAAAAGAAGCCAGGGAGGCCGACGAACUCGUGCGCAACGGAACUAAAACCCCGGAUCAAUUACUCCAAGAGAAGCCAUUCCUGGGCGUCCCCUUUACAACAAAAGACUGCAUAGGGGUAAAAGGUCUUCACCAAACUGCUGGCAUAGUAUCGAGACAGAAUUACAUAGCCGAAGAAGACGCUGACGUCAUCAGAUUAUUACGUAGCAAAGGUGCAAUUAUCAUUGGUCUUACAAACGUACCUGAGGUUUGCAUGUGGUGGGAGACCCACAACCAUAUUUUUGGUAGAACAAGCAACCCCUAUGACACUACCCGGAUUGUAGGUGGCUCAUCUGGCGGUGAGGGCGCAUUGCAAGCAGCUGCUGGUAGCAUCUUUGGAAUCGGUUCUGAUAUCGGCGGUUCAAUUCGUAUGCCAUCGUUUUUCAAUGGCAUAUUUGGUCACAAGCCAUCCCGUAACAUCGUAUCUAACAGUGGCCAGUAUCCAAAACCAGAUUCAGAUUUCAUUAAUUCCUUUUUAGGUGUUGGCCCUAUGACAAGGCAUGCAGUAGAUUUGAAACCAAUUCUGGAAAUAAUGGCAGCAGAUAACGCCAAUAAACUUAAAUUAAACGAGCCCGUUAGUGUGGGAAAACUCAAAGUUUACUAUCAGAUAAAUAAUAACGCACCACUUACUGAUCCAGUGGAUCCAGAUAUUGAAACGGCAAUGCUUAAAGUUGUAGAAUAUCUAAAUGUGAAACACAAAAUUGUUGCAGAAGAGAAAAAAAUAUCACUCCUGAGAAAAUCAAUGGCUAUCUGGUUCUCUAAUCUGAAAACUACAAAACAUUUCGGCUCUUACCUUAUGAAAGAUUGUGGAUAUUUGUCAAUAAUUAAGGAAAUUUUUAAAAAUAUCAUAGGAUGUUCUGAAAACACAUUAAUUGCCUUAUUUACAGCACUUAUUGAUUUGGGAGGGGUCAAAGUUGACAGUGAUAAGUAUAAAUCAUAUCUAAAGCUAAGAGAUGAAUUGGAGAAAGUGUUAAAGGAUAUGUUAGGAAAUGACGGAGUGUUUUUGUUUCCAACGCAUCCUACUCCGGCCUUGUAUCACAAUGAACCAAUAUUAAGGUCCAUGAAUUUCUCAUAUACAGCUAUUAUUAACUGCCUGGGUUUUCCAGCAACUAAUAUCCCCUUAGGUUUAAGUCGAGAAGGCUUACCAAUUGGUAUUCAGGUGAUUGCCAAUCAUAAUAACGAUAGACUAUGCCUUGCUUUUGCUGAAGAACUAGAUAAAGCGUUUGGAGGAUGGAUUGAACCUCAGAAUUCAACCUGA